CUGCGCCGUCUCGAAAGACAGAGGGCGAACCAAUGAGGUGGGCCUGUUUGAGGGGCGGACACGCUCCGAGCCCGCCACUUUGAGUGACAGACGCCCGACGCAAUCGCAUUCUGCUUAGUAUGCGAGUGUGCGCGAUUUGACAGGCGGAGCGAGCCAAUGAGAAACGGUUACAUGCGUUUUUAACACUUGCGGGGAUUUCGCUGUCCAAUCGUCGUGUGGAAACAAGGCGGGACUUAGCGUUACCAAGGCAAGGCGAGCGAAGUAUAAAGGGAAUAUCAUGGAGUCCCAGUGGCUGUUUAUGUUUACUUAAAGAACAGACCUGAAUGGGCGUUUUUACCCCUCAACAUUACGGACUUUACUUUGUAGUUAGACAGUUAUAUAUAGAUAUAGAUAUAUAUUUACACCUCUUCAGUAGUUUUAAAUGUGAAGAUUUACGCGGCCCCUGGCAUGUGAAGCUCAUAUUUCACUAAUGUGCCAGUCUUACAAAUGGAAAGGGGGCUUCGCUUUGGACACGUGAGCAUUUCCCUGGUGCUCCUGCUGCUGCUCAACGCGCUCAUCGGACCCGGGACUCCGCAGGCUCAGGGCUUCGCCACCCUGCGGGAGCCGCCGCAGCAGCCCGCCGCCGCCGCCGCCGCCGCCGCCGCCCGGACCGCGCGCUCGAGCCCGGCGGAAGAUGGUGCGAGAGUCAUGGAGCGCGGCUUGGGCAACGCAGGCGCCCCGGUCAUCGGCGCGGACGUGAUCGUGGAGGACGACGACAACGGGUCGGCGGGGGAAGCCGACGAGGCGUACGGAGAGAACAACGGAAACGUCCGACCCACAAGGUCUCUGGUAAUCAUCAGUACUCUGGACGGGCGGAUCUCGGCUCUGGAUCCUCACAACCAGGGCAGGAAGCAGUGGGAUCUAGAUGCCGGCUCAGGCUGCCUGGUGUCCUCCAGCCUCAGCAAACCUGAGGUGUUUGGCAAUAGGAUGGUCAUCCCCUCGCUGGACGGUGCCUUGUUCCAGUGGAACCGGGACAGGGAGAGUAUGGAGGCAGUGCCUUUCAGCGUGGAGUCCCUGCUGGAGUCGUCCUACCGCAUCGGAGAGGACACCGUGCUGGUCGGGGGCAAAUCCCUCACUACCUAUGGCCUGGGGGCCUACAGUGGCAAGCUCCGGUACAUCUGCUCCACGGUGGGAUGCAGUCAGUGGGGGGACAAGGAGGUGGAUACGGAGGACGUGCUCCUGCUGCAGCGGACUCAGAAGACCGUGCGAGCCAUCAGGCCCCGAUCAGGGAUGGAGAAGUGGAACUUCAGUGUUGGAAACUUCGAGCUGAAGCUGCUCCCCGAGGCGCAGUCGGGGAGGAACUUCCUGGAGGGAGAAGUGGCGAUGGGCGACGCCUGGAGGGAGAGUCAGCGGGUCAUCGUCGACGAGCCGAAGGAGCGGGAGCAGACGGAGAACCGGCAGAACCGCAACCAGAACCUGGACCUCGUGAUCAAGGUGUCGGUCCCCGACUGGAAGGUCAUGGCCUUCAGCACCGAGCCCGACGGACAGCUGGUCUGGGAGCGUCAGUUCUGCACACCCAUCGCCUCCGCCUGGCUGGUGGGCGGCGGUAAAGUCACGCCGAUCAGCCUGUUUGACGACACCAGCAACCAGUCGGAAAUCGACGAGGAGGACGGUGAGGAUGAUCCGCAGAAGGCCAGAGGAGCUGCCGAGUCCAGCGUCUACCUGGGCAUGUUCCAGGGACAGCUCUACCUCCAGUCGUCAGUGAGGAGCACAGAGAAGUUCCCCUCCAAAGCCAUCGGACCGGAGAUGAAUAUAAUUCCACUGCCGACCGUCAAAUGGAAGCCUCUAAUCCAUUCCCCGUCCCGCACACCCGCCCUGGCCGGCUCUGAUGAAUUCGACAAGUGUCUGAAUAACGACAAGUUCUCCCACGACGAGUACAGUAACGGAGCGCUGUCCAUCCUUCAGUAUCCGUACGACAACGGCUACCACUUCCCGUACAGCGGGCGCUACCGGGAGAAACGUGACAGCUCCGUGAGCCUGAUAAAUGGGAACGUGGCGGGGGCCGAGAUUCGCCGGAGGAAGGACCCCGUUCUGCUGCUGCCCUGGUGGAAGGAAAUCCUGGGCACCAUCAUCUUCUGCAUCGCCACCACCACCUACAUCGUCCGCAAGUUCUUCCACCCUCCUGCCCCCGUCGCCUUUGUGAGGCAACGGAAAGAGUCGGAGACUCAGUGCCAGACCGACAGCAAGUUUGACCUUGAGGUUGUGGAAUCCAAAGAGUCUGUUGCCAUGGAGACCCGCUCCAGCGAAUAUGUGUCCAGGUACCUGACUGACUUUGAGCCGGUGCAGUGCCUCGGCCGCGGGGGGUUCGGUGUCGUGUUUGAAGCUCGCAACCAAGUGGACGACUGCAACUACGCCAUCAAACGAAUCCGCCUGCCCAACAGGGAGCUGGCCCGGGAGAAGGUGAUGCGCGAGGUGAAGGCGCUGGCCAAGCUGGAGCACCCCGGGAUUAUCCGCUACUUCAACGCCUGGCAGGAGAGCCCCCCCGAGGGCUGGCAGGAGGAGAUGGACCGGAGGUGGCUGAACGAAGCCAGUACCACCGACUGGCCCAUGAGCUUCCUCGACCACAUGGAGGUGCUGUCGGUCAAAGUGCCCGUGUCCAGCUCCGUGUCACCCGGCUGUGGGCCGGACGUCCUGGAGGCCUCCUCCACCACCGACGACGCACACGUCCUGCUCUCAAGCAGGAGCGGAGCGGACGACGACAUGUCCUUCCACCCUCUCCUGGGCCACGACAGCCUGUCGUCGGAGCGCGACAGCCAGGCCGACCCCGACGCCUCGGACGCCACGCCGCACUCCUUUGAGCUGUGCCCGCCGCGCGGCCCCAGCGACUGCACCUCCUCCUCCUUCGACAUCGUGUUCGAGGACUCGGGCUGCGACCGAGACGCUGAGGCCGACACCGAUUCAGUGACGUCUGCCGCGGCCAGCAACGGCGCGCUGACGGAGAGGAACAGCACGUCGUCCUCGCACACCAGGCGACAGGAAUCUGUCCCGCCCGCCUCUUCGUCCCCACCCCGGCCGACCACACUUACCCUGGCUCUCCCCACACAUCCUCCACCCCAGCGAGUCCAGCCGUCUCCCAAGGUGUACCUUUACAUCCAGAUGCAGCUCUGUCGGAAGGAGAACCUGAAGGACUGGAUGGCCCAGCGCUGCCUCCCCGAGCAGAGGGAGCACAACCAGUGUCUGGAUAUCUUCCUCCAGAUCGCAGAGGCUGUCGACUUCCUGCACGGCAAGGGGCUCAUGCACAGGGACCUCAAGCCCUCCAACAUCUUCUUCACCAUGGACGACGUGGUGAAGGUGGGGGACUUCGGCCUGGUCACGGCCAUGGACCAGGAGGAGGACGACGACGAGCCGAGCGCGCUGACGCCCGCGCCGCUGCUCACCCGACACACGGGCCAGGUCGGCACCAAGCUCUACAUGAGCCCGGAGCAGCUCUCUGGAAACUCGUACUCUCACAAAGUGGACAUUUACUCUCUGGGUCUGAUCCUGUUUGAGCUGCUGUAUCCCUUCAGGACGCAGAUGGAGAGAGUGAGGACGCUGACGGAGGUGCGAGUGCUUCGCUUCCCAGAGGUCUUCUCCAAAAACAACGUUCAGGAGCUGAGCAUGGUGCGCAGCAUGCUGUCGCUGAGCCCCGGCGAGCGUCCCGAGGCGGCCGACAUCACGGGUAUGCCCCUCUUCCAGGAGCUGGAGCUGCCCUGGCGAAUGGUUGUGCGGCAGCGCUCCCGCACCUACAGCGCUUCGUCCAUGGGUCGCCCCUCGCGCCAGACGUCGGCUACCUGAAGAUCCCUCCCCCCAUCAAUAUAUAUAUAUAUAACUCCUGUCCCACAUCCCCCUCCCCAGCCGCUUCCCCACCUCAGCCCCCCGCCGUCACACACUGCCUCAGACAGAAUCGCUUUUAGAAGCCAAGUACGACAAACACGCGGGAACUUUUCCCAACAUGCUUUUGCGAGCACAGUCGUCCCAGAUUCCCAAUUUUAAUCACACUAACAAGUGAAAGGUGGCAUGAAAUCUGAACCUCUUUCAGAACCAGGUUGUUGGGUUUAGCCAGUCUAAAACAAACAGAGGGUGGUCUUUUUUCACAGUUUGUGGGCCGACAGGCUCCACAGAUACACACAUUUAUGUGCACAAACACUGAAACAGUGAUUUUUUUUUUUGCAUAAUAUGUCACCUUUAAGUGUAAUGUUCAAGACCAAGACUUGGCUCCUGUGGUACUUUAAUUCUUUCUGGUUAUUUUAAACGGUUCUGAGCAGCAGAACUUUGCCGUUCACCCAACUAACCCAUUCUGAAAUAUUGACUUUGUCCUAAAACUUUAAAUCCUCCUCCCUCGUAUAUCAUCCGGUUCUUCUGAGAUAACAAUCACAAAGAGCUUGUUUCGGAUUAAGAUUCCGACUCUAGUCGCCUGGUCACAAACUGCGCUGCUUUUGCUCUCGACGUUCGCUCACACCAACACCUCAGGUAUCAAAAACCAAGAGGACACUCCACACAGGGGCCUUUUGAUGCUUGAUCAUCCAAUCUACUAGUGACUGUAGUGCAGUUCGCUGGUAUAUGAGCACUAACCGGUGUCCCUGACACCCAAUAUGCCUGAUUUGGGAGACCAAAAAAAAAAUACCAUCUUUUUUUUUCUAUGCGUUUUUCAUAAAAAAAAAUGAAUAAAAAUGAGAUGAGGUGAUGUAUUUGCGUAGAGAAGAUAUGAUCAGAUUUGAUUUGCCUUUAGAGAGGGGCCCUCCUGCGGGUCCCUGUCUGGAUGAAUGCUGGGCCUCUGGCCCGUGUCUUUAUGUGCAUGUAUCUGACGGGAACGUGAAGGGUUGCGAGUGUGAAUCUUUAAAAAGCCAAUACUUGGGACACAGUUUUUUCCUGUGUGUAAAUUUAUCACAAUGACUCUCGAUGUGCUCAAUCAACUUUUUCCAGCAUCUCUUUUUUUUUUUUUACUCUCUGUACAUAAGUCGAAAGGGGAAAAAAAAAACUUGUUUAUAAUAUCUUUUGCUUCAAUUUCCGAAGAUUACAUUGGAUCAAUCGUGUACAUAGUGUACGGCGAUGUUGCUUGUAAAUGGCCUUUUUUUUCCAUGAGACAGAUGUGAGAUAUACUGUGGGGACGGAGGAGGAGGUCGAUCUCUGCUGAAUGUUACAGUGUGUGUGACCUCCAAAGACAGAUCGCCUCUUAAAAAGCUGUUUGAAAUUAUAUCUGGUGCGCCGAAUGGACGGGGGGAGGGGAGGGAGGGAGGGGGGGGGGGGGGUUGUUCCCUUCGAGCACCAAGAGGAGAACCCACAGAACCAGUGUGCCAUUUACAAAAGAAAUCUGUCAAAGUGUACUUUUGCGUAACUGACGACUCACCUCACUUUCUUUCUUCUUUUUUUUUUUUUUUUGCAAUUUGCAAUUUGGCCACUGUGCUCCGACCCCAUCCAGCUGGUCUGAGGUCUGCAGCGAGAGAGAGGAAAAAAAAAGUGAAGAAGGUGAGACAGUUUCAUCCCUGAUGAGCCUGGACCUGCUGUUGGUCAUGUGAUCCCUCAUUGUUUCAUGUACAUAAGAAAGUGCUGAGAGAGAGAGAGAGAGAGAGAGAGCACAUGACCUGUUUGUAAACUACACACACACACACACACUCAAACUGCUAAUUGUAACAUGCUUUCAAUGAUUGUAAUUUUUUCUAAGGAUCUUCUCUUUUUAAAAAGAAAUAAGUGCAGUUUUUUAUUAUUGUUAUUAUUAUCAUUCUGCAGGGGUUUCUUGAUCACUGUAAAGUCUGAUACAGGAAGUCAAGCUGAUGGUCGUCCAAUCGGUCCUCUCGAGUUAUUCUUGUUGUAAAAAUGAUCAAUUCUCUCUUCGGAGUUUAAAACAGACUGUACGACGGCCAACGGUUAAAGGAGGGAAGUGCUGUAGCGACGCGUCCUCAAGUUCGUAGGAAGAAAAAUGUGAAACCUCAUACUGCACAUUCAGACGUUACCUUGUGAAGGACAGUAUGUAGAUGACUGUCACUUUAGUCCUUUGACAAUGUGACAACCUCUUUGUUGAGGUUGAAUUCAGGGGAAAAAAUCCUUCUCUUCCGCAAAAAUCAGCCUCGAUGAAUUUGGAAACACGUGUGUCCUCUUGUCUGGAGUUGUGAUGUAAAGACUUGUUUGUGGUCGAUUUCCAACGGGAAAGAAGGAAAACGCUCACAACUUUGAUCACCUACUGUAGUGAAUAUACCGUUAUCAUACACCGUUACACUUAAAAACAGCAUUACUGAUAAUUUAGAUACUUAGUUCUUUUCACUCGAACCAAGGAAAUGUCAUGAUACAGUAGGUUUUUCAUGCUUUGUUGAAAUGUGUUCACCCUCCUUUCUUUCCCGCUGUCAGACUCUUUUUUUCUUUUAAACCUGAGGAUAGUUCCGAUCGGAUCCUUCCUCUCGUGUUCUCGUGCACAAACCCGUCCUCUUGUCAAAUUGUAAAUAUGUUUAUUUGCUUUAUUUAUGUUUUUUUUUUCGAUGCCGUGAUCAAUCCUUUUUUCGGGUUGGUGUUAAUAUGAAUGCGCUUGUUGCGAUGAAGCGCCUGGGAAUAUGAAUUGACUUCCUACAAGUCUGAAUUUAAUAAAAACUGUUCUAUACCGUU